AUGCCGGUUUCCACCGACACUUCAACUUCGGCAGCCGUCGUGCAGACUGAUUCAGCACCCAAUGCUUUAAUCGAAUCAGGCAUCACCAAUGCGGAGGACAACUUUAGUCAUGGCGUUAGAGCGGGUGCAGAGAUCAAACUAUCUCAGCGGAAAAAGUGGGGUUUGCUCGCGCUCUUCAGCUUGUCCUUGAUCAUCGAUCAGUGGUGUCUUGCUGCCUUCUACAUACUCACAUCCCCCAUCUCCGACUCUAUGAGCGUGCCCUUCGCUCAGCAGUCAUGGGUCAUCACCUCCUAUACCGUCACUUUUGCAGCCACCCUUCUCUUCUGGGGGCGAGUCUCUGACCUCUACUCCCCUGCCCCUGUCUUUUCUUAUGGCCUCGUAUUCCUUGGGGCCCUCAACCUGAUCAUCUCCUUCUUGCCCGAGCGUUACUCCUUCUUCAUCCUUCGCGCCUUUUCAGGCAUUGCCGGAAGCUCUUCAGUCCCGUCUUCCUUUCGCCUCAUCGUGGCUAUAUUUGAGCCUCACGAGCUCCAUAGGGCGUUUACUAUCUAUGGCGUGAGCGGGGCUCUAGCGAAUUGCACGGGCAAUCUGAUUGCAGGGGCCAUCAUGUUGAUUCCUAGUGGAGGACAGGGUGAGCCAUGGAGGUGGUUUUUCAGGCUACUGGCCGCCAUUGUUCUACCUGUUGGGGCAGGCUCCGUCUUUUGGAUUCCCAAACGAAGCGGCGAAGACGCAGGUGUACAGGAUAAACGUGCCAGGCUGGACCUUUUCGGUUGUGCUUUAAUGAUGACCGCGAUCAUCCUCCUCAUCCUUUCUUUGACUCUUGGUGCUUCCAACGGCUGGGCAUCUCCUGGGUUCAUUGCCCCCUUUAUCAUAUCCCUCAUCCUGUUCCCGAGCUUCUUUCUCUGGGAGUCUCGUCUCCCCACCACCCACGCUCUUCUUCCACCCUCUAUCUGGCGCUACCCCAAUUUCGCGAUCUGGAUCGUCUUUGGGCUGUUGGGCUACACAUGGUGGUCGGUCAACUUUCUCGCUUUCAUCGAGUACUGGAUGGAUGUUGUCGGCGAAAGCCCCAUGAUUGUUUCUCUGAGGGUUCUGCCUCAAGGUGUUGCGCCGGCCGCCGUUGCUAUCGUGCUCUCGGUUUGGGGCGGGCUGAUGAAUUGGCCCAGAAUUGCUAUCAGCGGUGGGUGUGUACUAGGCGUGGCGGCAUAUGUCAUGUUCAUCUUUUCCCACUCGCACGUUGGAGAAGACUUUUGGCGAUACCUGUUCCCGUCCAUGACCUUUGGAUCAGCCGCCAUGAUGGUUGUUUUUACUGCGACAAAUGUCGGAACGAUGGUCAGCGUCCCGAGUCACGUCGGAGGAGUCGCAGGGGCGACUCUGCAAGUAUCAUAUCAGCUCGGCGCCGCGGUGUCUUUUGCUGUCCAGGCCGGUCUGUUUACGGUCAACGAUGGUGGAAUCUCCAACUUUGACAAUAUCAGCGCUUCACUCUAUUUUGAGAUGGGCUUUGUGGCGCUUUGGAUGAUUAUGUUUUUGGUCCUGUACCGAUCCGAGAACAAGGUCGUCAAAGACGGAGAGACGGGCGAAGAUGGCAGAUAGUCGAUACCUGCGCCAUACGUGGAGCGGGACUCGGGCGACGGAUGAAUGAACCUUCUU